GGAGAGCAGGAAACGAUAGACAACAAGAAGUGACUCCUGAGCCGACCGGGAGAGGGACGGCUCCUGUCGAGCUGGACUACCAAAGAAAACUGGAUUAAAAGCUUGCAUUCGGACGGAAACCUGGUUUAUUUGAUACGUUGGUAACCCAUGGACAAAUUGGCCGUGGAUACAUAUUUAUCAAGUGCGUUUCGAGCUCAAUCCAAGGAGUUUAAAGUUUACGCGAUCUCCUAGUUUUCUUUUUUGCCAGCCUGUGAUGUGGUGACGCGGCUCGUCGACGGGAAGCUAAGCUAACGUUAGCUGGCAAAAUACACCAGAGAAAAUGGGUUUUUAGAUAUUUUAGUUUUCUUCUGACUUCGUCUUCAUUUUUUUUCUUUCAUUUGACCCUUGAAGUUGGAUUAUAAACACUUUUUUAUAUAUAUAUAUAUGCUUUGCCUGGUAUUGUCUUGGACAGUAACAUUACACUUUUUAGUUGCAGUCCAAUGAGCUAUCGUAACCGGCUGUAGUGCCGAGCUAGCUCUGGACAUUUGAUUGCUAACGGUGGCUAGCUAUCUAGCUACAUCUGUUUCCACUUUUGUUCCUUGUAAGGAGUGUUGCCUAACUACACUUUUUUUUCCUUCCCUUGAACAAAGUAUAGAAAAUGUUAGGAUGAGUUAAUAAUUGUGUGUCUGUAUAUUAUAUGUGCAAACACUAAUAAUCAGUUUGACUCACUUAUCUUUGUGCAAUGCAGAAGUCACUACCGUUAGCGAAAUAGCUAGCUAGAGUUGUUGCCCUCUGAUGUGGGUCUGGCGGUGCGGCCUUUUGGAGUUAACUUGUUCGCCGUCGGGGACCUUUCAGUCUGGAUGGUUUUCAACAUUUCAUUGGAUUUAAUGUUUUGAAUGGCUUGGAUUAUUCAUACAAUUGUACCGUUGUAUUAGUUGAACGAACUGGCUAGAAGUUAAGUUGAAGAAAGCUCGGCAACAUAAAUAGAAAAGUGGACAUCCACAAAGGAAUUUCGUCUACUCUGCAAAGAUGAUGUGCGAGGUGAUGCCCACCAUCAGCGAGUCGGAGGGGCCUUCGGGUGGCCGGCGGGGGUCUGGCUCGCCUCUUCAUUCGGACUCGGAGGGGCACUUUGAAUCUCUGAUGGUUUCCAUGCUGGAGGAACGCGACCGGCUACUGGACACGCUGAGGGAGACCCAGGAGAACCUAGGCCUGACCCAGGGCAAGCUGCACGAGGUCAGCCACGAGAGGGACUCGCUGCAGAGGCAGCUUAACACCGCCCUGCCCCAGGAGUUUGCUGCGCUGACCAAGGAGGUGAAUGUGUGUCGAGAGCAUUUGAUGGAGAGGGAGGAGGAGAUCGCUGAGCUCAAGGCUGAGAGGAACAACACGCGGCUUCUCCUGGAGCAUCUGGAGUGUCUGGUGUCUCGUCAUGAACGCAGUCUGAGGAUGACGGUGGUGAAGAGGCAGGCCCAGUCUCCUGCCGGGGUCUCCAGCGAGGUAGAGGUCCUCAAGGCACUCAAGUCCCUGUUCGAACACCACAAAGCCCUAGACGAGAAGGUCAGGGAGAGACUGCGUGUGGCUUUAGAAAGAUGCAGCCAACUGGAAGAACAGCUCACAUCACAACACAAAGAGAUGUCUUACCUGAGAGAGCAGAACAUCCAGAAGAGGUCGCUAGGCGACGGAAUGGAAGGGCUCAACCACAACUCUGAGAACACUCCAAGCACAAACGGCAAGCGGUCGUCAGAUGGCUCUCUGAGCCAGGAGGAGGACCAGGGGAAGGUGGGGGAGCUGCAGGAGUUGGUGGCGAGACAGACGUCAGACCUGGGGCAGAUGAUGGAGCGCAUGGCGGCCAUGACGGGACGCAUCAGCGAGCUGGAGGAAGACCUGGACACGGCACGCAAGGACCUCAUCAAGAGUGAAGACGUGAACACACGCCUGCAGAGAGACAUACGAGAGUCUAUGGCCCAGAAGGAGGACAUAGAGGAGCGUAUCGUCACCCUGGAGAAGAGGUACUUGGCAGCGCAGCGAGAGGCCACCUCCGUACACGACCUCAACGACAAGCUGGAGAACGAAGUGGCCAACAAGGAGUCCCUGUUCCGACAGACUGAGGAGAGGAACAGGCAGCUGCAGGAGCGUUUAGAGCUGGCUGAGCAGAAGCUGCAGCAGACCAUCAGGAAGGCGGAGACUCUGCCCGAGGUGGAGGCAGAGCUAGCCCAGAGGGUGGCGGCCCUCACCAAGGCGGAGGAGCGUCAUGGCAACGUGGAGGAGAGGGUGAGGCAGAUGGAGGCUCAGCUGGAGGAGAAGAACCAGGAACUGCUCAGGGCGCGCCAGAGGGAGAAGAUGAACGAGGAGCACAACAGGCGUCUGUCGGAGACGGUGGACAAACUGCUGUCAGAGUCCAACGAGAGGCUACAGCUUCACCUCAAGGAGAGGAUGUCUGCCCUAGAGGACAAGAACGGCCUGAUCAGAGAUCUGGAGCACAGUAAGAAGCUGGUUGAGGAAACGCACCAUGAGAAGGAGCAGCUAUUGAUCCAGAUUGAGACGAUGCGGGCGGAGAACGAGCAAGGCAGGAACAGGAGCAACUCACUGCUGCACCAUGGGCGGUCUCACCAAGGCAGCACCCCAGACUUCCGGUACCCGGUGUCGGCCUCCUCCAUGAUGGACAGCCACUCGGACCACUACGGCAGCGCGCUGGUGCUGAGGCGGCCCCAGAAGGGGCGCCUCGCCGCGCUACGGGACGAACCCUCCAAGAGACAUGUCCAGACUCUGAAUGAACAGGAGUGGGAGCGCGUGCAGCAGGCUAAUGUUCUGGCCAACGUUGCUCAGGCGUUUGAGUCUGACCUGGAGACGUCAGACCUGGAGGACGAUGAGCGCGAGACCAUCUUCAGCUCCGUGGACCUGCUGUCCCCUGCCGGCCAGGCAGACGCUCAGACCCUGGCCCUCAUGCUGCAGGAGCAGCUGGACGCCAUCAACAACGAGAUCAGGAUGAUUCAGGAGGAGAAGGAGAACACAGCCAUGCUGGCAGAGGAGAUGGAGAGCCGUGUGGGCAGCGGGGACAGCCUGGGGGCCAGCCGCUUCCGCUCCAUGAGCUCCAUCCCCCCCUCCUCCAUGGGGGGCUCGUCGCCCCCCGGCUCAGGCUCCUCCACCCCGCGACGCAUCCCCAACCGCAGCCCCAACAGAGAGGUGGACCGCAUGGGAGUCAUGACCCUGCCUAGUGACCUGCGCAAGCACCGCAGGAAGUCUGCCCAGGACGACAAGACCACAAUCCAGUGUGAGACGUCUCCUCCCACCACCCCGCGCUCCAUGCGCCUGCACAAGGGGGCCAGCCACACUGCCAGCCAUGAGGACAUCAGGGACAUCCGCAGUAUGACCACCCUACAGGACGGCCAGGGUAGUAACCCCAGCAGCAGUAACAGCAGUCAGGACUCUCUGAACAAGGCAGCCAAGAAGAAGAGUAUCAAGUCCUCCAUCGGGCGCCUCUUCGGCAAGAAGGAGAAGGGUCGACCAGGCCCCCCAGGGAGCAAGGAGCCCCCUGGCAGCCAAGGUCAGUCCCCUGGCAGCCAAGGUCAGUCCCCUGGCAGCCAAGGUCAGUCCCCUGGCAGCCAAGCUGGUACCCCCGAGGCAGAGACCUCUCCCCAGGAUGCACUGGGGCUGGGCAAACUAGGCGGCCCCGCUGAGAAGAACAGGAAACUGCAGAAGAAUCCAACGACAGGGCAUGAGUUGCUGGAGGAGGCUCGCAGGCAGAGUCUUCCAUUCGCCCAGUGGGACGGCCCUACUGUAGUGGUCUGGCUGGAGCUGUGGGUGGGUAUGCCAGCCUGGUACGUGGCGGCGUGUCGUGCCAACGUGAAGAGCGGUGCCAUCAUGUCUGCCCUGUCGGACACAGAGAUCCAGAGGGAGAUUGGCAUCAGUAACCCCCUGCACCGCCUCAAACUGAGACUGGCCAUCCAGGAGAUCAUGUCUCUCACCUCCCCCUCUGCCCCCCCGACCUCCAGAACCUCCACGGGGAACGUGUGGGUCACGCACGAAGAGUUGGAGUGCCUUGCGGCCACGCCCUCCACGGAGGAUGACGAGGGCAGCUGGGCCCAGACGCUGGCAUAUGGAGACAUGAACCAUGAGUGGAUUGGUAACGAGUGGCUGCCCAGCCUGGGUCUGCCCCAGUACCGGUCCUACUUCAUGGAGUCCCUGGUAGACGCACGCAUGCUGGACCACCUCACCAAGAAGGACAUGAGGGGACAGCUUAAAAUGGUAGACAGUUUCCACAGGAACAGUUUCCAGUGUGGGGUGAUGUGUCUGAGGAGACUGAACUACGACAGGAAGGAGCUGGAGAGGAGGCGUGACGAGACCCAGCUGGAGCUGCAAGGUAACAGCUGGGAUAACGACGUGCUGGUGUGGAGCAACGAGCGUGUGAUCAGCUGGGUGCAGGCCAUGGGGCUGAAGGAGUACAGUAACAACCUGCUGGAGAGUGGCGUGCACGGAGCCCUGCUGGCCCUGGAUGAAACCUUCGACCACAACGCCCUUGCCCUGCUGCUACAGAUCCCCACGCAGAACACACAGGCGAGAGCUGCUCUGGAGAGUGAGUACAACAGUCUACUGGCCAUCGGUACAGAGAGGAGACUGGAUGAGAAUCUCUUCUUGGAGGACGAUAACAACUUCCGCCGCGCCCCCUCCUGGAGGAAGAAGUUCCGGCCCAAAGACGCACGGGGGAUGUCCCCGGGCUCAGCCGACACCCUGCCCGCCAACUUCAGACUGACCAAUAGCAACGCAGUGUCCCCCUCCACGCAGCCGAAAAGGAGCCACAUGGACGGGAGUCAGUCUGCAAUACAGAGGCUGGACACUGCCACAGUCAGGACAUACUCCUGCUAACACAUUGAUCCUCAUUAUUUCUAUAGGUGACUGCUGGUUGGAGGAUGAGGGGUGAGUCCCCCCCCCCCCCCCCCCCCCCCCCCACAUCAGGAGCAGCUGCUGACCCUGCAAGGACACAGAGUUGUAUUGUUAUCACAGCGAUAAAAGGAGUAGCAACCACAUCACCAAUCUCUGUACUAGAGGGCCCGUGUCCUAGAUGUAUCAUCUUUAUUGUUCUAUUUAUGUUAGCCAGCUGGUGGGACAUGAUUUUAGAUUUGUUAUGUAUCUAUCUGUUACUUCUCCCACCUAAAGGGAAAUAUCCCUAUUUUCUAAAAAACUGUUCCAACUGUGUCCUUAUCAAGGUUAACUCUCAGAAUGUUUUAGAUGGUCUGGAGUUUGUAUAUUUUUUCAACAGACAUUAUCUAAUCAUUUUAUAUAUAUAUAUAUAUAUAUAUAUUCCUGAUCUUGUAUUGACCAGAUGUGUUUUUAUUUCUCUGUCCUCUGUUGUUUUUAAUCAUUGAACUGAUGAUCAAGUGACUUUAAUAAGUGACUUUCUAUCUGAAUUGGACCCCAUUUCCCUUCGACCCCCAGCCUGUUAUCUUCAAGCGUAUCCAUGGUGAUUAUUUGUAAAUGCAGCUCUUAUAGGACAAUGAGAAUAUGUGAAUAUCAGAAAUAUUGCUGGAGUUCUGACUGACAUUGUUUCACCAACUGCUACAACGCUGUGGUCGCUAAGCACCGGGCGGACCGUAACCACAACAAGGCCCUAGGUAACUGUGACGACAGGUGACACGUGAAACAACUCUUUGUUUUUUUCCCUGUGAAACCAAACCUGUAGAAAGACUGAAACAAAAGCCAUAAACAGUAGUGAAGACCAGGGCUGUUUUCAGAUGCAUCGCUUGGUAAGAGACCGUUCCACUGUGUAGGAUCUCCCAUUCUCCAGUCAACCUCGCAUGCCCAAACUCUCCAUUCCUCUUUUCCUCCUUCUCCUCAUCCCUCUCUUUUCCCUGCCUUCUCCUGGAGCACGCUAACGGGAGGCCAGGCGUGCGUGAAACUCAACUCGCUUGUACCUGAGCCGACAGCGUGGCGGCUCUACUAUCGACGGACCAAGUCCACUGUGGCCUAAACUGAUCCCAGCGACUAGCUACUCACCCGAGGUGGGGCGAUCUACCCACAAACCUUUAACCAACUCUUUAUACUACGGACACUUCUAAUCAAGCCCGAGGGGGGUUUUUCUUACCUUAUUUCUCUGGCUGUCUUAUUUAUUCGUCAUCUCCGUCGUCGUGUUUGUUGCUUUCUCAGUUUGAUUUUUAAGAGUUGCCAUUUUUUUUAAAGCUGUUUCUGAGUGUUUUAACACAGGUUGCUGUGGCAAUACUUUUUCAAGACAGAUAAUAUCACGGAGGCAAAGACUUCCUGUCCACCCUGCAUUAGUUAUGUUAUUCCCUUUGUGAUUUAGUCAUUUUAUAAUACACAAUGCAAAUGCUGAUAUUAUUAUUAUUUUUUAAUCUUCAGUUUUCCCCAUUUUAUUCUCCUGCUCUGGUAACAAAAUGAUGUACAGUCUGAGUACUUAACUAUUUUAUCACAGUAUUAUUUAUGGAUUUACUUUCAAUAAAAUACUGAAACUUAUUUUCCACUGCCAAUAAAAAGCUGAGGUCUUUGUGUUUUCAAUGCAUCUCUUGCCUUUACAGUCGUUAAGACCAGGAACACCUUCCAGUGACUUGCCUUAACACGUGGUUCUUAACACGACUGUAAAGACCAGAAACACCUUCCAGUGACUUGCCUUAACACGUGGUUCUUAACACGACUGUAAAGACCAGAAACACCUUCCAGUGACUUGCCUUAACACGUGGUUCUUAACACGACUGUAAAGACCAGAAACACCUUCCAGUGACUCGGUUGGGGUUUAACACGUGGUUCUUAACACGACUGUAAAGACCAGGAACACCUUCCAGUGACUCGGUUGGGGCUUGUACAGUUGUACACCACUGUCUGUCCUGACGAGGGUUCCCCCUGCUAACUUUGAUUACACAUGAUGACGAGGGUCCCCCUGCUAACUUUGAUUACGAGGUUUCCCCUGCUAACUUUGAUUACGCAUGAUGACGAGGGUUUCCCCUGCUAACUUUGAUUACACAUGAUGACGAGGGUCCCCCUGCUAACUUUGAUUACGAGGGUUCCCCUGCUAACUUUGAUUACACAUGAUGACGAGGGUUCCCCUGCUAACUUUGAUUACGCAUGAGGACGAGGGUUUCCCCUGCUAACUUUGAUUACACAUGAUGACGAGGGUCCCCCUGCUAACUUUGAUUACGAGGGUUCCCCUGCUAACUUUGAUUACACAUGAUGAUGAGGGUUCCCCUGCUAACUUUGAUUACACAUGAUGACGAGGGUUCCCCUGCUAACUUUGAUUACACAUGAUGACGAGGGUCCCCCUGCUAACUUUGAUUACGAGGGUUCCCCUGCUAACUUUGAUUACACAUGAUGACGAGGGUCCCCCUGCUAACUUUGAUUACGAGGGUUCCCCUGCUAACUUUGAUUACACAUGAUGACGAGGGUUCCCCUGCUAACUUUGAUUACACAUGAUGACGAGGGUUCCCCUACUAACUUUGAUUACGCAUGAUGACGAGGGUUCCCCUGCUAACUUUGUUUACGCAUGAUGACGAGGGUUCCCCUGCUAACUUUGAUUAGACAUGAUGACGAGGGUUCCCCUGCUAACUUUGAUUACGAGGGUUCCCCUGUUAACUUUGAUUACACAUGAUGACGAGGGUUCCCCUGCUAACUUUGAUUACACAUGAUGACGAGGGUUCCCCUGCUAACUUUGUUUACACAUGAUGACCAGGGUUCCCCUGCUAACUUUGAUUAGACAUGAUGACCAGGGUUCCCCUGCUAACUUUGAUUAGACAUGAUGACGAGGGUUCCCCUGCUAACUUUGAUUAGACAUGAUGACGAGGGUUCCCCUGCUAACUUUGAUUAGACAUGAUGACGAGGGUUCCCCUGCUAACUUUGAUUAGACAUGAUGACGAGGGUUCCCCUGCUAACUUUGAUUACACAUGAUGACGAGGGUUCCCCUGCUAACUUUGAUUACACAUGAUGACGAGGGUUCCCCUGCUAACUUUGAUUACACAUGAUGACGAGGGUUCCCCUGCUAACUUUGAUUACACAUGAUGGCGAGGGUUCCCCUGCUAACUUUGAUUACACAUGAUGACGAGGGUUCCCCUGCUAACUUUGAUUACACAUGAUGACGAGGGUUCCCCUGCUAACUUUGAUUACACAUGAUGACGAGGGUUCCCCUGCUAACUUUGAUUAGACAUGAUGACGAGGGUUCCCCUGCUAACUUUGAUUAGACAUGAUGACGAGGGUUCCCCUGCUAACUUUGUUUACACAUGAAGGGGAGGAAAAUACAGAAACACUGUCAUUUUGUUCACAGGGUUGACAUUUUCUGGUAACUUUACUUAAAUGUCCCAUGUUUCCUCCAGAAAUCCUGGUUGGACGAUUCCAGAUUUCUUGUUUAUUUCUGGAAAUUUGAGGCAAGUUACUGGGAUUUCACAACCCUGGUCGCUCAGCUGGCGUUUGGCAAUGCUUUGGAUUCAGCGUUGUCAACUUUUUAUUUGGAAAUUAUAUUUGUCAAAGGGGUUGCAAGAAAAUGUAGAUUUUUUUUGUGAGCCGUGUGUUUGCGAGUGACCGAUGAUCUUUAUAAUUGCAAUGAGCUGUCAUCAAGAUCUCUUUCUGUGGUUAAAGAGGCCAUCUAGUGGCAAAUUAUGUGGUCAUAACCUUUCAAUACAGCCUAAAAUAGCCAUUUCACUUCAUCCCCAUUGUUUCAAAUCAAUUGCUCUAUGAAACAACUGCAUUGUUUUAUGGUGUAAAAAUGUAAAUAUUUUUCCUCUUCAGUUCUCUGUACCAGUUUGGCACCUAUAGUUAUUGUUUCGGCUAAACCUACUGAACAAUUCAUGACUCCUUCAAUUCUGUUCCAAACCUAGCGGGAAGAAUGUCUGAGCCGUUGCAUGGUGCUUCAAUUGUAAAAGACAAGAUGACAUGAUUUCACAAAUAACGAGCAUCUUCUGGUGUGACUGAUAAUGGGUCUUUAUUUUAUUGUUUUAUUCCAGUGUCAUUUGAUUUUCAAGAUGCAGAGUAAUGUAUAUGAACACUUUAUUAACAUGGACUAGCUAUCGUUUGGUUUUAAAAUGUGUCCGGUGUCCAGAUUUGUAUCUGUUGCAAUAUGUAUAUAAAAGAGAUGAACUGUAAUAAAACAAAUACAGGUA